GGGCGCGCGAGGAAUUUCAAACGCCGGGGGGAGGAGGGCGGAAAGGAGCGGUGCUUAUAAAAGGGGAGGGGAAGGAGUGACGAGGGUGAAUCUGGAGCGGAGCGUUGGAAGCCAGCGGCGCCAAAGAGGGGCUAACUUUAAAAAGAAUAAUGUAAUAAGGCCCCGCCCGAGCGGAAAAUUGCCUCAUCCUGUAGCCGAAAACCUAAGAAUUGACUUCUUCCCCCCAAUCCCUCGUCCGCUCACUUUCGCAGAACUUUUCUCCCCCGUUCAAUGAGCUGCGGCCAUUGGAGGAGUCUGGCCACGCCCCUUUCCCGAAAGGCGAGAGGUCCAUCAAGGCCACAGUCUUCCAGAAGCAACACAGAACAUUUAUUUUCAGUCGUCUGUUUGUGGACAGGAUGAGCAUUAUCGUAAUUGCAUGUAACUGAAGAGCAGUCUGAACUCACCUUUUGUGGUGACACUAAUGUCUCCUGGAGCAAUAACUUUUUGCCUAGCCCUGAAUUACUGCCUGCCAAAAGGCACACGUAUAUCUGUCUACUAGCACACCUGUAGCAGUCAUUGACCAGGGACAAUAUGCCAGUAGCCACCAUGGCCCAGGAUCCAGUGAAGCUGCAAGCGGAGGUAGAUCGCCUGGUGGCUGAACUGCAGGAGGCAACACAAGAGAAGGUACAGGCGGCACAGUAUGGGCUGGCUGUACUGGAAGAGAAUGGGGAGCUCAAGCAGCGCUGUGGAGAACUAGAAGGUCAGCUAGAGGUGCUGCGCAUGGAGCUGGUGCACAUGAAAGAGGCUUUGGCUGAGUCACACAGCAGUCACAAACGGGCAGCCGCUGAUGGGGAGAGCCGAGAGGAGUGUCUGCUCCGAGAGACAGCUUCCAAAGAGGCCCACCUAACUCAAACCAUUGAGGAACUUCAGGGAGAUGUGAAACACCUGAGGACCCAGCUUGACACCACAGGGACAGAAAAUGAGCGCCUUCUUGUGGCUUUGAGGGACUUGAGAAAGGAAUGCCAGACCCUGGAGUCUGAGAAGGUUCGGCUGCGUGAGGAGAUGAAACAAGCCAAAACUCGGGAGUUGCGCCAGCUACAGGACUGUGCUGAACUUGAGGAGGAGAACAUUUCCCUGCAGAAGCAAGUCUCAGCACUCAGGGGCAGUCAGGUGGAGUUUGAAAGUGUCAAGCGUGCAUUGAGCUGCCGAGAGGAAGAACUGGUGUUGGCUGGGACCCAGCUACUGGAAGUGGGUCGUCUCCGAGACCUGGCGGAGCACCAGCUUCAGGAGGCACUAGAGGCUCUGCAGGUAGAGCGGGAGCAGAAGCAGGAACUGCGGCGGGAGCUUGCCAUCUAUGCAGGAGGGCGUAAUGACUCGCUAACCAGCUUGCAAGCCAACCUGGAGGAGCUCAACAGUCACGUGGAGUGUGAAGAGCAAGACAGCGGCUUCGCCAAUGGCAGCAGCUUAGGGGGCAUGGCUUCCACACCCCAUGGCGUCCGGCCUGCUCCUGGUCUUGUGGCAGACCUCUUCAGUGAGCUUAGCUUGGCGGAGAUUCACAAAUUGCAGCAGCAGUUGCUACAGGCAGAAAACGAGAAGGCCUCACUAGCCUCAGAUCUGCAAGACCUCAAGAAGCAGCUGGCCAGCACCAAGGAGAGUUUGGCCCAGCAAGAUCUGGGCAACAGCUGUGAGAUCCAGUCCAUGGAUGCUGGUCCUGGCGGCGGCGGCGGCGGGACCACUCUGUCACUCAGCGAGAUGGAGCGCUACCAUGAGGAGCUGGAGAAUGCCCAGCUGGUAGUCCGGCAGGAGAGGGCGGCAGCUGCCCAGCUAGAAACGGAGCUGCGAGUCGCCAGAAGGAUGACUCGAGAGUGUCAGUCACGGCUUGCUCAGGCCCAGGAGGAGCUUCUGGGCUUCUCUGAGGAAAUGGCUGCUCUGUACCAUCAUGUCUGUGCCUGCCACAGCAUAACCCCUCAUCGUGUGGUGUUGGACUAUUACCGUGAGGGUCGUGGAGCUCGGAAUUCGCACAGGAGGCGCUCAUCCAGAAAGCUUCUGCUGUCAGAAAGGGAGACAAGUAGCAGUGGGGACCAGUCGCCCACCAGUAGCAGUCCUGGUUCCCCUUGUGGGUUGGAGCCCCUCAACGUGGGCAACCUGACGGCUGUGUUGCGAGAGCAGCUGGGGCACCUGCAGGUGGCGCUGUCUGUGGCUCAUCAGCAGAGCCCCUUGGGCCGUGGGGCCGAACUGGAGCGGGACAAGGAAGCCCUGGUGGAGGAGGUGCUGAAGCUGAAGUCCUUGCUGAGCACAAAGCGGGAACAGAUUGCCACUCUGCGCACAGUGCUCAAGGCCAACAAGCAGACAGCAGAGGCAGCCCUCUCCAAUUUGAAAGGACAGUAUGAAGGUGAGAAGGUGCUGGUGUCGGAGACCAUGGCCAAGUUGCGUCAUGAGCUCAAAGCCCUGAAAGAGGAUGCUGCUACCUUCUGUUCCUUGCGUGCCAUGUUUGCCAGCAGGUGUGAUCAGUAUGUGAGCCAGCUGGAUGAGAUGCAGCGGCAGCUAGCAGCUGCUGAAGAUGAGAAGAAGACUCUGAGUUCCCUGUUGCGCAUGGCCAUCCAGCAGAAACUGGCCCUCACGCAGCGGCUUGAAUCCCUUGAGACUCCAGUUGAGGGAUCACGGAGUAGCAGGAGGGCAUUCAGACCAGCCAAGGGCAGUGCGGUAAGAGAAAUGGGCACUGGGUUAUGGUGUGGACAGCGAAGAGGAAAACAAAAGCUACCAAAAUUGUAGGCCUUGUACAGAUGUGACACUGGCCAAUUGUCUCAGUGGUAAUGGGGCAGGGGACUUACAUGCUCACAUGUAUUUUGUUCACUUCUUCCCUUCUUCCAUACUAUUUGCCUCUUUCCUCUCAGCUUUGGAACUGACUGUGGCCAAAGUUAAUGUUAAGGACAGUUAACAUUGCACCAGUGUCAAGGGAAAACCACAUUUUGCAAACUUAACUUCUUGUGGCAUGGAAAGCUUGACCCUAACUUUCUGAUCUGCAGUUAAAUACAUAAACACUGUUUUGUAGUGUAGUAUUUUUGCAGAGUGUAUGGAUAAGAGGCCCCAACAGUUGUGAAUUGUGGGGAGAUGUCAUAAACUAUAGGUGAAGGAAUAAGAAGUAACUAGAGAGGACAGAGAAGUCUGAAGAAAGAGCUUGAGGGGACAGAAAUUAAAUUCUAGGACCACAUGUGAGGAAAACAAGCCUCUCUUGUAGUCACACAGUGCUAGAAAGGCUAGAAAGCAUGCUACGCUCAUAAGCUCAGUAGGCAGCCUUAAGCCUCAGCUCUACAAUAUGGAGGUAACAAUGCCAGCCAGUGUAUUAUUUCUACAUAAUCAAGGUGUUGUAUGAAUGUUAAGUAGCAUAAGGAAAUCCAGGGGCCUUUAUAUGGCUGUUGCUAAGCAUGUGUACAUCUCUCUUUCUCUUUCCAGAGAUGAAAUGGUUGGUAUCCCUUGCAGGAUUUCCAUGUAGUUAUGACCUGGCUGUUCUAUGUCCACAGUGGUCAGAGAACUCCAAAGAAGAGGACAAAUGUGGCACCUAAAUAUCUCAGCCAGUGAAGGUGAUUUUCUUCUGCUAUGAGGAGGCCUUAGCCAAAGCUCAUGUCCUUACCCUCUGUUGUGCCUUAAGAUUCCUUGAAGACACACUCCUUUUCCAUCUUUCUCUCUCUCUUCUGAUUAGCCUCUGGUGCUAUGUUUUUACUAAGCACUUCUAAUGUUGUGCCUUUUUGUUAAUUCCAAUGUUAACGACAUGGAUGCCAGCCUUAAAUACCAGGGGCUACUUGCUUUGUGUUGAUCAGCUGGAAAGGAAGUGGGUGGUUCUGCCUCUCCACCCUGUUUUCUUGGACUUGCUGUACUCACUCAGACCGUCUAUCUCUUCAUUGCCUUCCUGAUUCCUCUUCUCUCCCUGUCCCCAUCCCCCCCUCCUAGAUUUUGCACACAGUGAAUAACUAACUUCAGGCUUCACAGCUUGAGAGAAGAAGAAAAACUAGCUCCAUACUAUUGUGCGAUGUCUUGUAAAAUGUGUAACUAGAAAGCAAUUUUGUUUGUAGCCUGGGGCUAGAUGAGUCCCUGGUUCUUUGACACAAAUAAAUAAAUGGCUUUCCUGAA